AUGUGGGCCCAGUUGACGAGGCAGCUCCCAGCGCUGCUCGCGCUCGUUGUCCCCUUCGCGCAACUGCCGCUCUCUUUAGCAGCGCCCAACUGUCCACUCAUCGGCCCUGAGUUUCCUGCCCCUUACAACCUCGAGUCACAUCCAAUUUGGCAGGCCGCUAUCCAAAACAUCACCAAUGUCUUCCAGUUUAUCGAUGACUCAAAUAUCACAGGAGUAGACCUGUUCUCCUAUUCGCUGCAAAUUUUCUCAACAAACCCAGGGUCCCCAAUCCUAUGGGAGAGACAUCGUACAGCCAAGGAUCUGCCGAUCAAUACCACCGGCGUAAAGAAAGUAGAUGGUAACACAGUUUAUCGCCUUGGUAGUGUAACAAAGGUGUUCACUGUGCUCACGUUCUUGGCUGAAGCUGGCGAUGUGUAUUGGACCACAUCCAUCACAAAGUUCAUACCAGAGCUAGCUAAGUAUGAAGGUCGCUCGAGUCAGCCAGACUUCGAUCCAGUAAGAGAGACUGAUUGGGACGAUAUUACCAUUGGCUCCUUGGCGAGUCAGGUAUCUGGUCUGGGCCGAGACUCUUAUCAGCUUCUGGCGUACGCUCUGGAAAAGAUCACGGGCAAGAAUUUCACGGACAGUCUCAAUGACCGUAUCAUAAAACCUCUUGGACUCAACCGCACAUUCUACGACACGCCACCUGAGGAGUACGGAGUGAUCCCAGGCACAGUCAAGGAUACCUACUGGGCUGUCAGCCUUGGCGAAGGUUCACCAGGUGGUAACAUGUAUGCAUCUGCAACUGACCUGUCAACGCUCGGUCGUGCUAUACUGUCUUCAAAGCUUAUCAAGCCUGCUCUAACCCGUCGCUGGCUCCAACCCGUCACAUUCGCAUCUGAUUUCCUCGCGUCUGUCAGCAGUCCAUGGGGCAUUCGCCGCAUUCAGCUCGACAAGAUUAACCAGCCUCAUCGAACAUUAUCCGUCUACACGAAAGCCGGUACAUUCAAACGCUACACCGCCUUCAUCACGCUGCUCAAAGACUACAAUCUAGGCUUCACUAUCAUGAUGGCAGGCAACCCACCAUUGAGCAACUUCUACGGUGCAGAUCUUCUUGGACAGAGCCUGAUCCCUGCAUACGAUGCGGUGGCUAGAGAUGAAGCAGACAGGACAUUCAGCGGCACCUACGUACAGCGCGAUGGCGUCAACGGCACGGGGAACUCGAGUAUCAGCAUCUCCACAUCGGCCAGCAAGCCAGGCCUCGGCAUCUCGAGAUGGGUAUCCAACGGCACCGACAUGCUCAGCAUGGCGCUAGUGCUUCAAUCCGGAUUAUCUGCGGGCCUGCUCAAAACGCCCGAAGCUCGACUGUACUACACGCUGCUCGAUAUCAAGACAGCGAACGGCACGCGUCAGUCGUUCAAAGCUGUGUUCGAAGACACGGGUAGUCCUGCAGUCGGACAGCAGCUGUGGAGCACGGAUUGUGGGUCUUGGGUCGGCGUGACGGGUGUCACGUAUGGAUCUAUGCCGCUAGAUGAGUUCAUUUUCGAGAGAGAUGCGAGUGGGAACGUGGUUAGUGUGGAGAAUUUGGCGUUGCGAGCGAAGUACUACAAGGUUACUCAGGAGGCUACGGGUCCUUCUGGAGGCUGGGCCUGGGAUGGUGGGAGGUGGAAGGUGGCACGCAGAUAA